GGUGCACAACCUUCAUGGAUCCAGCCAAAUCGGCCAAUUAUUGUUUCUAUUUCAAUCUUUAAGAUCGAGAAUCCUCUCCGCCAAAGUCACCCGCACCCAACCUCACGCGCCACCGCCAUGGCAAGUCCUCCGACGAUCCCCGUCACCAAUCAGCAAGCCGCUCAAUCUCAGCCUCCAAUCAACACACCCGCCUUCCGCACCUUCUUCUCACGCCUCUCCACCUCGAUCCGCGACGGCUUAUCCCAGCGCCGCCCGUGGGCGGAGCUCGUGGAUCGAAGCUCCAUGGCGCGGCCCGAGUCCCUCACCGACGCUUUAUCCCGGAUCAGGAAGAAUCUCGCCUACUUCAAGGUGAACUACGCCGCCAUCGUCUCCCUCGUCCUCGCCUUUUCGCUCUUCUCGCAUCCUCUCUCCCUCCUCGUCCUCGUCGGCCUCCUCGCCGGGUGGAUGUUCCUCUACGUUUUCCGCCCGGCGGAUCAGCCGCUCGUCGUGUUUGGACGGACUUUCUCUGAUCGAGAGACGCUCCUUGGCCUUGCGCUGUGUACGAUCGUUGUGGUGUUUAUGACGAGCGUUGGAUCGCUUUUGACGUCGGCGUUGAUGAUUGGGGUUGCGAUUGUUUGUUUGCACGGUGCGUUUGUGGUUCCGGAUGAUUUGUUUAUGGAUGAUCAGGAGCCUGCUAACGCUGGGUUGCUCUCGUUCCUUGGUGGUUCUGCUACCUCCGGGAGAGUUUGAGUUUGUUUCAAUGAGGUGGGUUCGAUUCUGAACAUGAUUCAUUUGCUUCAUCGUUUAUUUUGCUUACGUGGAAUCAUUUUAGGGUCGAUUAUGUCUUUGCUCGUUUGGAACAGAUGUAUGAUUUUCUUGCUUUUAUUAUUUAUUUAAGUUGAUCAAAUAGCUUUGUGAUUCAAUUGAAUUCCCGUUGGACUAGCUGACAUUCUCUUGGGAAUUGAUGAUCCUUCAGAGCAA